GGGGCGUGGCCUGUCGGUGGGCGUGGCGUCGCGGGGCGCGUCGCGGGGCGAUGGCGGCGCUGCUGCUGAGCGCGGCGGCGGCCGUGUGGCUGUCGGGCCCCGUUCUCGCCUAUUUCCCCGAGGAGCGCUGGAGCCCCGAAUCGCCGCUGCGGCCGCCGCGGGUGAUGGUGGCGCUGAUCGCCCGCAACGCGGCCCACGCGCUGCCCGUCACCCUCGGGGCCCUCGAGCGGCUGCGGCACCCGCCGAGCAGGACCGCGCUGUGGGUGGCGGUGGAUCACAGCGAGGACAACACGACGGCACUGCUGCGCGAGUGGCUGAUGCGCGUGCGUGGGCUCUACCACCGCGUGGAAUGGCGCCCCAUGGACGAGCCCCGGUCCUACCCCGACGAGGAGGGCCCCAAGCACUGGUCGCCCUCACGCUACGAGCACGUCAUGCGGCUGCGGCAGGCGGCGCUGGAGGCCGCGCGGGCCAGCUGGGCCGACUACCUGCUGUUCCUGGACGCCGAUAACGUCUUGACCAACCCCGACACGCUGGCGCUGCUCAUGGCCGAGAACAAGACGGUGGUGGCUCCCAUGCUGGACUCGCGGGCCGCCUACUCCAACUUCUGGUGCGGGAUGACGGCGCAGGGUUACUACAGGCGGACGCCGGCGUACUUACCCAUCCGGAAGCGGGAGCGCCGCGGCUGCUUCGCGGUGCCCAUGGUUCACUCCACCUUCCUGCUGGACCUGCGGAAGGAGGCGUCGCAGGCGCUCGCCUUCUACCCCCCUCACCCCGACUACACGUGGGCCUUCGACGACAUCAUCGUCUUUGCCUUCUCCUGCAAGCAGGCGGGCGUGCAGAUGUUCGUCUCCAACCGGGAGGUCUUUGGGUUCCUGCCGGUGCCGCUGCGCUCCCACAGCUCUCUGCGCGACGAGGCCGAGAGCUUCCUGCACGUCCAGCUGGAGAUCAUGGUGACGCUGCCGCCGGCGGAGCCCUCACCCCACGUCUGGGUCCCCCCGAAGGUCCCCGACAAAAUGGGCUUCGACGAGGUUUUCCUGAUCAACCUGCGGCGCCGUGCGGAUCGCCGGGCGCGGAUGCUGCGCUCGCUGCGGGAGCAGGAGAUCGCCGCUCGCCUGGUGGAGGCCGUGGACGGCGGGGCCUUGAACAGCAGCGAGGUGAAGGCCUUGGGAAUCCGGAUGCUGCCGGGAUACCGGGAUCCGUACCACGGGCGGCCGCUCACCCGCGGCGAACUCGGCUGCUUCCUCAGCCACUACCGCGUCUGGCAGGAGAUCGUGGCGCGGGAGCUGCAGCGCUCGGUGGUGUUUGAGGACGAUCUGCGCUUCGAGAUCUUCUUCAAGCGGCGCCUGAUGGCGCUGGUGGAGGACCUGGCGGCGGCCGGCGUCUCCUGGGACCUCAUUUACAUCGGGAGGAAGCGGAUGCAGGUGGAGCGGCCGGAGAAGCCGGUGCCGCGGGUGAGGAACGUGGUGGAGGCCGAUUAUUCCUAUUGGACGCUGGGCUACGUCCUCUCGCUCGGCGGCGCCCGGAAGCUGCUGGCGGCGGAGCCGCUCGCCAAGAUGGUGCCCGUGGACGAGUUCCUGCCCAUCAUGUUCAACAAACACCCGGUUUCCGAUUACGCGCGGCACUUCCCGUGGCGCUCUCUCCGGGCGCUGUCGGCGGAGCCGCUCUUGGUGUUCCCGACGCACUACACGGGGGACGAGGGUUACGUCAGCGAUACGGAGGCGUCGGCGCUGUGGGACGCGGCCGAAGCGUCGGCGCUGUGGGACGCGGCGGAGCCUUCGCCCAAAAUGCGGGAGCAGCGGGAGCUGCGGCGCGAGGCGCGCAAUUCCGGGGUGCUCCGAUCGCCCCUCGACAGCGCCGCGCGCGACGAGCUCUGACCCCGGCGGAGGUGGGGGGGAACGC